AUGUCGAUCAAGGCGAUCUUCUACAGCAAGUUCGAUCCACAGCAAGGUAACUCAACGCCCUCGAUAUUGGCCUCUCCUGGAUUCGACACAAAUGCAUUGAUUUCAUUCCCAACAGUCUCGCGCUUCGUGAUACCACGCCAGUCACUUUGUGGCAACAUUAUAUCUCUCAACACACCUUCUGUACACCCAAAUCAGCCACCAUUGCUGCUCCUUACGUUUCCGCUCUGCAUCACCUCGACGAAGUAUUUCCGCAAUGAAUUCAUCUUCAACUUCUCGCUCGUACUUGGCGAGCCGAAUGAGGUUGAUGUUCCGUCAUACAAGUCGAUACUACUCAAACUAUCGAACCUGAUGUUGUCCCUGGAAGAGCAAAGCCUUUACCUUUCCGCGGACUCAUCAGCACCCAACACCGGGCCCAUCUACACCAUCAUUGAGAGCCUCAUGUCAGAUCUGAACAACUACUGCGACGUGCACGUCCCUCUAUUCACAGUCCGUAUCGGCGCGCUCAUGGACGAGAAUUGGGAUCUCACUAUGCAACGCGUUACACCGUACAUCAAUGGCGUCAACUCGGUUGCACGCAUCGCAAGUCUGGCGGAUGCAGAUCUGAAGUUCACCAGAAAGGCUGUGAAGCACCUCCUGUAUUAUGGCUGUGUCAUUUUGCUCGACAUCUUCAGCUUUAGCAACAUCUAUGCACCGACGGCGGAGUUCUCUGCACUAAUCGCAACGAAUCAGGACAUGCAGAAAGAGUGUGCGAGAUAUGUCAAUCUCCGUGGAGCAAAGAGCACUGAGGAAGCCAUUGUGGAUGGAUCGUUUUCGCGCAUCGCGUCGGGUGAUGACGAGGACGAGAUCUGGCCUCUGACAAGUACUGGCGAUGUUGUUGACGGCGUGAGCAUUGUUCAACUCUUCGCAAGCUUGCGACAAGGUCUUACGGUCAGAGAAUGGUACGCACAGCACAGCGACAUGCUCGCCAACAUCGACUUACGAAGAUUCGUGACCUUCGGAGUCAUCAAGGGCUUUCUCUACAGAGUCCAUCGAUAUGCGAUCCAGACACAUAGGCCUACACAGAGCCGUGCCAGACGCAGAUCAAACGAUCGAUUUGGCAAUGGGACACUGGAUCAGGAUCACAACGAUGGCGGCUUUGCUAGAACUGGAAGCGACUUUGCAAAGAAGUUGACGAAGUUUCUCGACGGUACCCAUUGCUUUGACGAGAUCUGCACAGAGCUUGAGGUCAGCGAGAAGUACCUCACACACAAGCUGGAGACUAUGUCAGACGUGUUCGAUGACCUGUCCACUAACAAGACCGGGUACGGCUAUACUCCAGAAUCGCCUAAGCAGAAAGCCCUCGACUACAAGACCGUCUUCCUCCAAGGCUACAGCGUAGUCGACGUCACCAAGGUCAAGCUCCCUCACGAAUGGGAUAUCUUCUGCGCCAGUUCCGCGCCCAACGCACUGUUUGGCAGGACGAGGUCGGGUGGCUAUCCUUGGCCGCGAAUCAGCCUGGCGGAUCUGUCGAAACCCUUCCAAAGCGUCCCUCACGGCGACGAGGAUGCAGGUGCCUUCUCCGCAAAUGGUAAAUCAUCCAAGGGUCAGCGGACCUUCCAGCUCAAAUCCCUGUCUAUCAAGCCCGUCGGCACAAUCCCCGGCGAACCUGGCAAGUCCUUCGUGGUCAUCUUCAUCGACAUGCUUAAGCUUCCUCCUGACCCGCUAGAGCGCCAUAGAGGGUGGCCCGGGCUAGUGCACGGCGCACCCGUCUGGACGAACCGUACUGCGGCUAGUUUGGGCCUCGGAUUCUUCUCCGGUCCACGCUUGCCUGUACGCCUGGAACCAACAAGGUGGAUUGGCGAGGAUUUCGGAAAGGGGGUAGAUGUCAUGGAGCAAGAUUGGGAGUUCUGUGUUGAUGAUGUAGUGCUUGAGGUUAGUGAAGGUGAUGGACAUGGAGAUGACGCGACCAAUCCGGAGGGGAGCGUGCGUUCGGAGGGCGAUGGGAGUGGUUGGGACAGGAAAUAUGUGCUGGCUCGUGUAGAUGGCGAACUCGAAUUCGAUGCUUCUUCAGCUCACAACGUCGGACACAGCCACGACUUUGAGCUGUUGAUACGGCAACUUGAACAGCAAGGGGCAGUCCGCGGCUGA